AAAUUUAAUUUUAUCCUUAACAUAUUAUAUUUUAAAGUCAAAAAAGUUAUUUUUUGCUGUUUCUAAUAGGUAUAUCCAUAGUGUUUAGAACAAAUAUAUCAUGAUUGACAAUAAAGCACCCUUUAAUCCAAAAAAAUAUUUAAAUAAAGAUCUUGUUGAUAAACCACCACCUCUUGAUGUGUGGGUACAAGGUACGAUUGAACAAACUGUUGGAAAUGAUAUUUUAAUUAUUUCCGAUAUAUCUGGAAGAGUAAAAGUUGUAAAAUGCCAAUCAGCUGAUGGUAUUGUGGAUAAGACCUCUUUACGUAAAGGUACUUACUGCUGCAUAUUAGGUGUAGCGACUAAAACAAGAGGUUUACCAGAAGUUCAAGCAAUAAAAUUUGUUGAUCUAACAUCACAGCCACAAAUGAAAAUCGCAUGGGAGAGUGAAGUUAGAGAAGCGGAAUUAGUAUUAAAGGGAAAACUCACGCCAGAGAUUUAAACAAAACUUAUGAAACACAUUUUAUUAUUCCA